UCUCUCACACUUUCUUCCAAUCAAAAGCAGCAGACGCUUAGAAAACAAGGCGACUCGCAACCACCUCUUCUCUCUCCAAAGCCCCAUUUCUUCAAUCCCUUCCCUCCCUCUCUAUCUCUUCCUUGGAUGGUCGAGGGCUACCCAAAAUGAAGCUCUCCACAUUGCAGCAGACCUGCAACACCCGCCGCACAAACAGCUUCCGUGCUCCCGCGGCCCUUGAAUCUUCUACCGUUGAUGGCAUCUUCAAAUCCCCAGCUUCCUUCUUCUGGCUAAUCCUCCACACCCUCUGCUGCCUCAUCAGCCUCAUCCUAGGGUUCAGAUUCUCCCGCCUCGUCUUCUUCCUCCUUUUCUCCUCUCCCUACUCCCCCUCCUUCACUCCUGUGCUCCGCAGGUCUACCGAUUCCGUACCCAUCGCCUUCGAAAACCCUCCUUCCUUCCCUCACCUCCUCGACCAUGAGACCGCCGCGACGGUUACUACUGCCGCUUCAGCUCCUCCGAACCGGACGACGAGCCGCGUCGUGGUGGGUCGCCACGGGAUCCGUAUCCGCCCCUGGCCCCACCCGAACCCCGUCGAGGUGAUGAAGGCCCACCGGAUCAUCGAGCGGGUCCAGACGGAGCAGCAGCUCCAGUACGGGAUCAAGAACCCUAGGACGGUGAUUGCCGUCACUCCGACGUACGUCCGCACGUUCCAGGCUCUCCACCUGACCGGUGUCAUGCACUCGCUCAUGCUCGUGCCGUAUGAUCUCGUCUGGAUUAUUGUUGAGGCAGGAGGCGUUUCGAAUGAGACAGCGGCGGUGAUUGCCAGGUCACGCCUCCGGAACGUGCACAUCCCAUUCGAGGAGCGAAUGCCGGACUCUUGGGAAGCCCGCCAUCGGAUGGAGGCGAGGAUGCGGCUCAAAGCGCUGAGAAUCAUUAGGGAGCAGAGAAUAGAUGGGAUUGUAAUGUUCGUGGACGAUAGCAAUAUGCACAGUAUGGAACUGUUUGAUGAGAUCCAAUCUGUAAAAUGGAUGGGCGCGAUUUCUGUUGGAAUCCUAGCUCAUUCUGGUAAUUCCGAGUCAUUGGGUGUGGGGACCACGGUGGGAGUGGCCCAGAAUCUGGACGAAGGGGCGGAGGAGAACUUGCCAGUGCCUGUUCAGGGUCCGGCUUGUAACUCUUCUGGGCAAUUGGCUGGUUGGCACACCUUCAAUUCUCUGCCGUACAUGGAGAAGAGUGCCACGUAUAUUGACGAUGGAGCGACCGUCUUGCCAAGGAAGCUUGAGUGGGCUGGGUUUGUAUUGAAUUCGAGGAUGGUAUGGAGGGAAGCCGGAGAUAAGCCUGAGUGGGUCAGGGAUUUUGAUGCACUGAGUGAGGAUGGGGAUGAUAUUGAGAGUCCAUUGGCUUUGUUAAAGGACGCUUCCCAUGUUGAGCCCCUUGGUAAAUGUGGGAGGAAGGUUUUGCUGUGGUGGCUCCGUGUGGAAGCCCGUGCAGAUAGCAAGUUCCCUCCAGGAUGGAAAAUAGACCCCCCUUUGGAUAUUACUGUCCCUGCAAAACGCACACCAUGGCCUGAUGCUCCUCCUGAACUUCAUUCUACUGCAAGAACGACUGUCUCUGAAGAUCAUGCAGAAAAGCGUCACCGAAAAACAGGUAGGAAUUCCAGGUUGAGGCAAAGCUCCCGCAGUAAGAGGAAGCAUGAAUCACAGAUGGAUGGUCAAGUUUCUGAGGUGACAGGGGGGCAUGGAGAAGAAAAGUGAGGCCCCAAUAUAAACAGGAAACAGUAUCUAUUCCUUCAUCUGUCGAUGGCUUGGCCUUCUAUUGCAACAGUCAGCUGAUAGUGAAUCCUCAAAGGAUGGAAGGGCCAUGCUGAAACAUACUCAGAAACAGUUAUUGAUGUGGAGCAGCUGAGAUGUAUUCAUUUGGCCUGGUUCUGAGUUCUCCAAUGGGAGUGAUUUGAUGAUCUUGGGGGGGUUUGUCUCAUCAAAAGAGGUGUGUUCAAUAGAUGUGCAGCAUUGCAUGCCCAUGAGUGUGUGUAUCUGAUGUUUUGAGAUUUAUAGAAAGGAACUUUGAAAUUUAAUCGGACCCUUCAUUUCUGUCCUUAGAUUGUUAGAAUGAUUCUAUUUGUAAUAAUAAAAGGUUUUGUGAUAUGAGAUUGUUGGUAUGAUCUUCUUUCCAAUGGAGAUGACCAGUGAUAAACA